AUGGGUAUUGAAGCUGUCUUAAAGAGAAAAACCGGUGUUAUCGUCGGUGAUGAUGUUAGAGCUUUGUUCGACUACUGUAAGGAACACAAGUGUGCUAUCCCAGCCAUUAACGUCACCUCUUCUUCUACUGUCGUUGCUGCUUUAGAAGCUGCCAGAGACAACAAGUCCCCAAUUAUUUUACAAACCUCCAACGGUGGUGCCGCUUACUUCGCUGGUAAGGGUGUCUCUAACGAAGGUCAAAACGCUUCCAUCAAAGGUUCCAUUGCUGCCGCUCACUACAUUAGAUCCAUUGCUCCAGCUUACGGUAUCCCAGUUAUCUUACACUCUGACCACUGUGCUAAGAAAUUGUUGCCAUGGUUUGAUGGUAUGUUAGAAGCUGAUGAAGCUUACUUCAAGGCUCACGGUGAACCAUUAUUCUCCUCCCACAUGUUGGAUUUAUCUGAAGAAACCGAUGAUGAAAACAUUGCUACCUGUGUCAAAUACUUCAAGAGAAUGGCCGCUAUGGAACAAUGGUUAGAAAUGGAAAUCGGUAUCACCGGUGGUGAAGAAGAUGGUGUUAACAACGAACACGUCGAAAAGGAAAAGAUGUACACUUCCUCUGAAACUGUCUUCUCCGUCCACAAGGCUUUAGCUCCAAUCUCUCCAAACUUCUCCAUUGCUGCUGCUUUCGGUAACGUUCACGGUGUUUACAAGCCAGGUAACGUUGUCUUAUCUCCAGAAAUCUUGGCUAAACACCAAGUUUACGCUUCCAAGGAAUUAGGUUUACCAGCUGGUUCCAAACCAGUCUACUUGGUCUUCCACGGUGGUUCCGGUUCUACCAAGCAAGAAUUCCAAACUGCUAUCUCCAACGGUGUUGUUAAGGUCAAUUUGGAUACUGACUGUCAAUACGCUUACUUGACUGGUAUCAGAGACUACGUCUUAAACAAGAAGGACUACAUCAUGUCUAUGGUCGGUAACCCAGAAGGUGCUGACAAGCCAAACAAGAAGUUCUUCGACCCAAGAGUCUGGGUUAGAGAAGGUGAAAAGACUAUGUCUGCCAGAAUCACUGAAGCUUUGAACAUUUACAACGCUGUUAACCAAUUAUAA